AACCAUAGAGAUAUUAAUAUCUCUAUAUUUGCAACACCUUUAACCAUGGUUAUAAUUUGAGCGGUAACACAACCAAUACAUUAUUGGAUGUGUUAAUCAUAGAUAAAUUUCCUCUAUAACACUGCAAGCAAUGGACAUUUUAUGCUCAAAAUGUGUCAAAUAUACUUACAAUAUUUGUAAUAUAAUUUUUUUAAUAGUUUAUUGGAAAGGUAUACAUUUUUAGAGAUUUUAAGAUAAAUGGUAAAAGUAUCAAAAAAUCAAUCUUGGAAAAAAAAGAAGAAGACAUGGACAACUUCGUGGUAACUGUAUAUUUGUCAAUUUUUAGUAUUACAAAAAGUAAUCUCUAGUUUUCAUAAUUGUUAUCGUAGUGUUUUCUCUAAUUAUUAAUAAUAUGCAUGAUAGUGUUUGUCUUCAGUGUAAUAAAUUACACACGGGACCUUCAAAUCGAUUAGUGCGGGAUUCGUGUGGUCAUGAAAAAUGCAGAUUUUGUCUUCUAGAGGAUGAAAAUCAGUGUAAACAGUGUGUAGAAGAAAAGAAACUCAGACUACACGAAUCAGAAAAGAACAAUGAGAAUUUAGAAAAUGAUACAAAAGAUGAAGUAGUUAAUAAUCAUACGGGAGUAAUACAAGUAAAUGGGAACGUUCCCAGUACCUCAACUUAUAAUGGAGAGCUCACAUUUCACGAAACUAUUGAAACAUUAGAAAAUAAAACCCUAGAAAAUAGUUUCAAUGAAAAUACAUAUGAUUCCCUUAAAGUUGAAAAUAAAAAUAUUGCAGCAAGUAGAAUUAAAAAGCCAGAUAAACAAAGAAGAACUUACAAUACAGUUAUCAUUCCUAAACAUGUAACAGUAAUUUCAGAUCCUCCAUCAUAUCUUUGCACUAUCUGUAAUAAGAAUUUUAACACUAAAACACACAUCAAGUAUCAUACUUAUUGUAAUGGAACUGCUAAGCCAUAUAAAUGUGAACAUUGUGGAAAAGAAUUUAUAUUAAGAGCCCAACUUGAUGUACAUUCUUAUAAACAUAAGCCUGUAAAGCCUUAUAGUUGUUCCAUUUGCAAAAAAUCAUUUAGUGUGAGAAGUAAAUUGACUAGGCAUUUGGCAACACACUCCCAAGUAAAAAGCCACAUAUGUUCUAUAUGUGGAAACGCUUAUAGAAGUAAGGAGUCUUUGAAAAUACAUUUCAUAAUACAUAAAAGUGAUAAACCAUUUAGCUGUAACAUUUGUUCAGCCAAAUUCAGUAACCAGUCGAAUUUGAAUAAACAUUCAGCAGUUCAUACAAAAGAAAAAGCUCAUAUGUGUGAUCUUUGUGGAAAGAGAUACAAGCUAAAGUGGGCAUUAUCAGUUCAUAAAUUGUCUCAUAACAAAACAAGAUCUUUUGAAUGUAGUGUUUGUUACAAAAAAUUCAUUUACAAAAAAGAUCUUCAAAGACAUAGUUUGAUACACGAAGAAAGCAAACAGUACAAAUGCAGCGUGUGUUCAACAACAUUUCGCCGUCAAGAUAAUUUGCGUCGUCAUAUGAAGAACACUCAUCCUGGUAAAAAGGCUGAAGUGAUAAAGACUGUUGUACCGGCUCGUUCAAAAAUACUAUCUACCACCAAUCUAACGCCGAACACUAGUUCUGUUAAUAACAAUAAAACAGAUACUCAUAUUCCUGUCGAUAAUCCAAACGCUAUAAACGUUAUAACCACUGCUUCCGUUGCUUGUUCUUCGAUAAAGAUAAACAAAGAAGAAACGGAAGCAGUUACACAUCUUCCUUCUGCUGUUAAAUCUGUUUCCAGGGCGGAUGCAACUGGUGGAACGGCAACAACGACCAGUGUCAUCAACGGACCAAUCAAACUCGCUUUUAAAACGCCGGCUUUUAAGAGCUACUACAAUAUUAACAGGGAUUUCGACCAUAUGCCAACUGUUCAACUCCAGAGCAACUACAACAUGGCAGAAUCAGUAGAAAUUUGUCAGAAAAUAUUGUCGACUGACAGUUCACUUUCGAGUAGAAAUAUGAUUCCCAAAACGGAUUCCAUAUCUCAAGAAAUCUGCCAAAAAAUCCUCGACCCAAAUUCACGUCCCAUUCAUUAUGAGACAUCUUUUCAGAAUAAACAACAUGCUAUGAUAAAAAAUAUUAAAUUUAAGGUUCCUAUACAGUAUACUAAUCAAUUUAAAGAAAAUGGCAAAGUUGAAGAAACGAAAAAUGAUGAUUGUAGUUUAAAUUUUACUGAACUUCAACCUGUAGCUAUGACUAGCGUUAUUGUAAAUAGUAAUGAUUUAAGUGAAUCUGGAAAUUUGUAUUGGAGACGGAGAACUUCGCAAAAUUUGAGUUUAAAAAAAUAAAGACUGCUCCUUUAGAAGACUGUUUAUUACUUUUGUGGUGAUUUUUGUUUUUAUUAAAUUUAUUUUUUUGUGUA